AGGGCCAUGUGCUCCCUUGCUCCCUUCACCGCUUCUGGCAUGCGUGUCGCUUCGCGCGUCGGCAUCGAGGGAAAGGCGAGGUUGUUUUUGUUUCGGCAGAGGCGCUGCGGCACGGCCUCAAAAGGCGCCGUGGCUGCGCUGAUUGGGGCCAUUAGCCGCCACAUUGCAGCAACACAUGCGCCCCCCGUCGCCGGCCGCCAUGGGGAAACGGGGUGGAGAGAAAAGGCUUCUUGUCAACCGGCCACCUGCCUCCAUCGGCCCGCUCGUUUCUUUGGUGCUCGUCGAGCCAGGCCAAACGUUGCGGCAGAUGACGAGGUAAUUGAUUCAUGGAAUGGCGCCGCAUGUCUACCUGCAACCAAGACCGAGUGCGAGCUGCGAGCCUGCUGGCUCGAUCUUCGCCAAGGGUAUUGCGCGUUGCUGAACCGCUCCCGUGGGAACUCCAAUUGCAUGCCGCGUUGA